ACAGGAUGCCCAGAGAUGUAUUUAAAGUGUGAGAGUCAAAGGUAUGAUUAUGUUGAAGUGAUUGAUGGAGAUAAUGCUGAAGGACGCUUAUGGGGAAAGUACUGUGGAAAAAUCGCUCCCCCUCCUUUAGUGUCUUCGGGACCAUAUCUUUUUAUUAAAUUUGUUUCCGACUAUGAGACACAUGGAGCAGGAUUUUCUAUCCGUUACGAAGUUUUCAAAAGAGGGCCUGAAUGUUCCAGAAACUUCACUUCGUCAAGUGGAGUGAUAAAGUCCCCUGGAUUCCCUGAAAAAUAUCCCAAUAGCCUUGAAUGCACUUAUAUUAUCUUUGCACCAAAGAUGUCAGAGAUUAUACUGGAAUUUGAAAGCUUUGAGCUGGAACCUGAUUCAAAUACUCCAGGGGGAGCGUUCUGUCGCUAUGACCGAUUGGAAAUCUGGGAUGGAUUCCCUGAUGUUGGCCCACACAUAGGGCGUUAUUGUGGGCAGAACAACCCAGGACGUGUCCGGUCUUCAACGGGGAUUCUUUCAAUGGUAUUUUACACCGACAGCGCAAUAGCAAAAGAGGGAUUCUCAGCAAACUACAGCGUGUCGCAGAGCAGUGUAUCAGAAGAUUUCCAGUGCAUGGAACCACUAGGUAUGGAGUCAGGAGAAAUUCACUCUGAUCAAAUCACUGUCUCCUCCCAGUACAGCGCUAUCUGGUCUUCAGAAAGGUCCCGGCUAAAUUACCCUGAGAACGGAUGGACCCCAGGGGAAGAUUCUGGCAGAGAAUGGAUACAGGUAGAUCUAGGCCUUCUCCGCUUUGUUUCUGGAAUUGGGACCCAAGGAGCCAUCUCAAAAGAAACGAAGAAAGAAUAUUAUCUGAAAACAUACCGUGUAGAUGUCAGCUCCAACGGAGAGGACUGGAUUACACUGAAGGAGGGAAACAAGCCUGUUGUGUUUCAAGGGAAUAGCAAUCCCACUGAUGUUGUUUACAGACCUUUUGCCAAACCAGUUUUAACACGGUUUGUGCGGAUCAGACCUGUGUCUUGGGAAAAUGGAGUAUCGCUGAGAUUUGAAGUUUAUGGCUGCAAGAUAACAGAUUAUCCUUGCUCCGGGAUGCUGGGUAUGGUGUCUGGGCUCAUUCCUGACUCUCAGAUUACCGCAUCUACUCAAGUCGAUCGAAACUGGAUCCCGGAAAAUGCUCGCCUCAUAACAAGCCGUUCAGGUUGGGCGCUGCCACCAACUACUCAUCCAUAUACAAACGAAUGGCUUCAAAUUGACCUUGGCGAAGAAAAAAAAGUGAGGGGCAUAAUUGUCCAAGGAGGCAAGCACCGAGAAAACAAAGUAUUCAUGAAAAAAUUCAAAAUUGGCUACAGCAACAACGGAUCAGAUUGGAAAAUGAUCAUGGAUUCCAGCAAGAAAAAGAUAAAGACUUUUGAAGGCAACACCAACUAUGACACACCUGAGCUGCGGACUUUUGAACCUGUAUCGACGAGAUUUAUCCGUGUCUACCCUGAGAGAGCCACACAUGGAGGACUGGGGCUGCGAAUGGAGCUGCUGGGCUGUGAACUUGAAGCUCCUACUGCUGUCCCUACCGUUUCCGAAGGCAAACCAGUGGAUGAGUGUGAUGAUGACCAGGCAAACUGUCACAGUGGCACAGGUGAUGACUACCAACUGACAGGUGGUACUACAGUGCUGAAUACAGAAAAGCCAACAGUAAUAGACAAUACAUUACAACCAGAGCUGCCAAGCUAUAGUUUCAACUGUGCCUUUGGCUGGGGAUCCCAAAAGACUUUGUGCCACUGGGAGCACGACAACCAAGUGGAUUUAAAGUGGGCAAUCCUGACCAGCAAGACUGGGCCGAUUCAAGACCACACAGUAGGAGAUGGCAAUUUCAUUUACUCACAAGCUGACGAAAGCCAGAAAGGGAAAGUUGCCCGGCUGCUGAGCCCCAUGAUUUACUCGCAGAACUCUGCCCACUGCAUGACUUUCUGGUACCACAUGUCCGGCGCACACGUCGGCACCCUGAAGAUCAAACUGCGGUACCAAAAGCCGGAUGAAUACGAUCAGGUGCUGUGGACCCUGAGCGGGCACCAGGCAAACUGCUGGAAGGAAGGACGUGUUCUUCUUCACAAGUCUGUGAAGCACUAUCAGGUGGUUAUUGAGGGAGAAAUUGGAAAAGGAACUGGAGGAAUUGCUGUGGAUGAUAUUAAAAUUGACAAUCACGUAGCACAAGAGGAUUGCCGAAAAUCAACUGAUGUGGAGAAUGAAAUAGAUGAAGAAGAAGACACAGAAAGUAAUCAAACAGGGUUUACGCCUCCAUACCAUACAGGUGAGGACUACGAUGAUAUCUCCAGGAAACCAGGCAAUGUCCUGAAGACCCUAGAUCCAAUCCUUAUUACCAUUAUAGCCAUGAGUGCACUUGGGGUGCUUUUAGGAGCCAUCUGUGGAGUUGUCCUCUACUGUGCCUGUUGGCACAAUGGGAUGUCAGAGAGGAACUUGUCUGCACUGGAGAACUACAAUUUUGAACUGGUCGAUGGUGUAAAACUGAAAAAAGAUAAACUAAACACACAGAAUUCAUACUCGGAAGCAUGAAGGUGUAAAGCGACUGGAGAAGUUUCAGAGAAUCGGGAUGGAAGGACAUAGCUCGGUCAUGCUGGGGAACUGUUGAUCUUCUUUUACUGUACAGGCUGAAAAGUGCAUUGAUGACACUGAGCCAAGCUUUUCUCAGGAGCUUCAAUGAGUGUGUAACCAACAAACAUGGACAACAAUCUGUGUUAACAAUCUGAAUCAUGUACAGUCUGCUUUUUCUGUUGGUUUUAUUUGAAAUAAUCGAAUGCUGGUGUUGAGACCAAGUAUGAUUGACUUAUAGUUCAUUUUGUCUUUCUUUCUCUCCCUCUUUUUUGUUUUCCGUUAAUGGAUAA